ACCACCAUCCGCCCUCCACCCUAGAGCUUCCCCGGCCCGAGCUUCACCUCCAUACCCACACAACCAACCCGCCUCCGUCGUCACGCCCCCCUCCACCCCGUCCCGCCCUAUCGCGCCGCCCAUUCCCGCCGCCCCGUCCCGCCAUGUCGUACUUCUUCUCCACCCCCCUCGAUAUCGAUAUCCGUCUCGAUGAUGCCGAUGACAAGCGGCAGAUGGUCGACAUCAAGCUCGACAAGAACAGAAAAGAGAAAUGCCCGCUGUAUUCUGACGGAGAGACGGUGAAGGGAGCUGUUACCAUCAGGCCCAAGGAUGGCAAGCGCUUGGAGCACACGGGCAUCAAGGUGCAAUUCAUUGGAACAAUAGAGAUGUUUUUCGAUCGUGGAAACCACUACGAGUUCCUCUCCCUCGGACAGGAAUUGGCCGCACCUGGCGACCUCCAGCACCCCCAGACGUUCGAGUUCGAGUUCAAGAACGUCGAGAAGCAGUACGAGUCGUACAACGGGAUCAAUGUGAAGCUCCGCUACUUUCUCCGCGUAACCGUCUCGAGGCGGAUGGCGGACGUGAUACGGGAGAAGGAUAUCUGGGUCUACUCCUACCGCAUUCCUCCGGAGAGCAAUAGCUCCAUCAAGAUGGACGUCGGGAUUGAGGAUUGCUUGCACAUCGAGUUCGAGUACUCCAAAUCCAAAUAUCACCUCAAAGAUGUUAUCGUUGGUCGGAUAUACUUUUUGCUGGUGCGACUCAAGAUCAAACACAUGGAGCUGUCCAUCAUACGGCGAGAGACGACCGGGACCCCUCCCAAUCAAUACAACGAAAGCGAGACCCUAGUGAGGUUUGAGAUCAUGGAUGGCUCGCCAUCAAGAGGCGAAACGAUUCCAAUCAGGCUGUUCCUAGGCGGCUUCGACCUCACUCCAACGUUCCGCGAAGUCAACAAGAAGUACUCGACACGCUACUACCUGAGUCUGGUCCUGAUCGAUGAAGACGCUAGACGAUACUUCAAGCAGUCCGAGAUUGUUCUUUACCGGCAGCAGCCUUAAGCGCUUCGAGAGUCUAGUUGUGGAUGCCAUGGACAGACAGCGCCGUUUGUACCGGCCGACUUAAUAAUACCUACCAGAUGUUCAAAAACUUUUACUCUCCG